AUGGCCGAAGCCACCUUCAAUGCCGGGAUCAGUGGCCGGAAUGUUGUCGCUGCCCCGCAUGCGUCGCACGGCGGGACGAACAACUUCUACUUUGCCAACGAUGGCGCGUCGAAACCCUGCAAGCCGUUUUCUACCGUACCCUUCCGGCCGGACCCUGAUUUUGUUGAACGGCCUAGCAUCAUGGCAUGGCUACGUGAUAAGUGCAGUCAACCAGCCAGCCGAGCUGCCCUCGUCGGACUGGGCGGCAUUGGGAAAUCGCAGCUAGCUGUUCACUUCGCGCAUGAGAUCCGGCAAAGCUCACCGAACACGUACAUCUUCUGGGUGCAUACAAGCAACCAGGUGCGAUUCGAAGAGGCAUAUCGGAGCAUCGCAGAGAGGCUGCAGCUGCCGCGCCUCUCUGAUCCCAAUGUCAAUGUGCUGCAGCUGGUAUAUGACUGGCUGUGCACUGAAGAGAACGGAAAAUGGCUAAUGGUUCUCGACAAUGCCGAUGAUGCUGAUGUCUUCUACCCGACACCCAACUCCGUCACCUCCACAGCACAACGGCCACUCGCGUCCUUUCUACCGCAGAGCAGCAACGGGAUGAUCCUCGUCACUUCGAGGAACCAGGAUGUGGCUGAGAGACUAACUGGCAGUGGUCGGAGCGUCUUGUCAAUAAAAGGAAUGGACGAGCAUCAGGCACAGCAGCUGCUCAGAAACAAACUCCAAGAGAGCUAUGAUGAAGCUGCCGCGCCCGACUUGCUUGAGGCUCUCGAGUAUAUGCCUCUAGCCAUCACACAGGCGGCUGCUUAUAUUCUACAAAGAGGGCCUCGAAUGUCAACGGCUGUAUACCUAGACGAGUUUCGAAGGAGCGAGAAGAGAAAGGCGAGCCUUCUCAGUAGGAACAUGGGCGACCUCCGACGCGACCCAAGUGCUUCUAACUCAAUCGUUAUAACAUGGCAGAUGACGUUUGACAAAAUUCGUCAGGAGAGACAAUCUGCAGCCGAUUUGCUGGUAUUCAUGAGUUUCUUUGAUCCGCAAGGAAUUCCAGAAUGGGUACUCAGAAGUUACCAGCACGAAAAAAAAAGUGAAUGCAACGCAAACAUUCAGAAUAGCAUCCAAGAAAACCAGGACGACAGCAGCGAUGACAGCGAGAAUGAUAGCGAAUAUGACAACGAGGAUGACGAUUUUGAUGACGAUCUCGACAUGCUCCGUCUGUCCUCAUUAGUGGCAGUAACCACGCAGGAAGGCGUGCUUAAAAUGCACGCGCUCGUACAGUUCUGUACGAGACUCUGGCUUUCCUCGUUUGACAAAACGCGUACAUGGAAGCGGAAGUUCCUAAGGGUUUUGUCGAAAAAUUAUCCAAUGGCUACGCCUGAAAACUGGGCGAAAUGCCGGCAGCUAGACCCUCAUGUCGAGAUGGUCUGUGAUAACAAGUCCAAGAAUAAGGAAAAUGCCGAGGAUCUAGCACAACUACUCACAAAUGCAGGAGUUUAUCAAUAUCAUACGGGGUCUUAUGAAGUUGCAAGAAGAAGAUUAACUUGGGCGGUUGAGAUAAGGCAAAAGGCUCUAGGUGCUGCGCAUUAUGACACACUUACCAGUAUCAACGAUCUUGCCAUGAUACUGCAACAACAGGGAAAAUACAAAGAGGCAGAAAAAAUGCACCGACAUGUACUAAACAGCAGGAAAAAGUUACUAGGAGAAAAGAAUUCCGCUACGCUAAUAAGCCUUACAAACCUAGCAAUAACAUUGAACUACCAGGCAAAGUAUAAAGAAGCAGAACAACUGAGUCGACAGUCAGUUGAUGGCUCUGAGACGGUCCUGGGCAAAGACCAUCCUCUUACCCUCAAGUUGGGAAAUAAUCUUACUGUUGUACUUUGCGCCCAGAAAAAGUAUAAAGAGGCAGAACAGCUAGAUCGUCGGUUAACAAUUAGCGGAGAAAGGCUACUAGGGGAAGAGCAUCCCGAUAUGCUUUUCUUUAUGGGUAAUCUUACCGUCAUAUUACAAUACCAGGGAAAGUAUGAAGAAGCAGAGCGGAUGGAGCGACAGGUGUUAGACAGCAAAAAGAAGGUAUUCGGCGAAGAGCAUCCAGAAACGCUUACAAGCAUGGGUAAUCUUGCUUUAGGCUUACAGAUGCAGAGGAGGUACGACGAGGCAGAACAGAUGCAGCGACAGACACUAGACAUCAGGAAGAAGUCCUUAGGCGAAGAGCAUCCGAGCACGCUUACCAGCAUGGGUAAUCUCGCCUUAGUCUUACAGAUGCAGGGGAGAUACGACGAGGCAGAACAGAUGCAGCGACAGACACUAGACAUCAGGAAGAAGUCCUUGGGCGAAGAGCAUCCAGACACGCUCGCCAGCAUGAGCAAUCUUGCUGUAGUACUACGGAGCCGGGGAAGGUAUGAAGAUGCAGAGCAGAUGGACCGACAUACUCUAGACAUCAGAAAGAAGGUGUUAGGCGAAGAGCACCCAGACACGCAUAUAGGCAUGGGUAAUCUCGCCGUAGUCUUACAGAUGCAGGGAAGGUAUGAGGAAGCAGAGCAGAUGCAGCGACAUACUCUAGAUAUCAGAAAGAAGGUAUUAGGCGAAGAGCACCUAGACACGCUUUUAAGCAUGGGUAAUCUUGCCGUGGUAUUACAAGACCAGGAAAAAUUUGAAGAAGCAGAGCAGAUGCAGCGACAUACUCUAGAUAUCAGAAAGAAGGUAUUAGGCGAAGAGCACCUAGACACGCUUUUAAGCAUGGGUAAUCUUGCCGUGGUAUUAUAA